UAUAUUUCUUCGUGUAUGGUACGUGAUACAAUAACUGAGUCGUGAAAAUUUAUUGAAACUAUUUAUUUUGGUGGAACAAUCAAUUUAACACUUGUAUCAUUCAUUUAAAAAAAAAUCAUUUGACGUGACAAGCGAACCUACGGCGGUGCCUGCCUGUGACUGUCUACGACCGUAAUCGAGUCGAAGUCGAAUCGAGCAAUGGCCGCCUGCGGCUGACUGAUGGGAGGAAAUUGUUGCAGUGCUUGAAUGGGUGACGGGAGAGCCUAAUUUAGUGUUCUAUUUUAUUGUCCUUUCCGUGAAAGAACAUAUAACUUUUGCUGUGUGUUGUAGCAUAGUGAAUAUACUGUGAUUAUAUGAAAUAAGACAGUGAGAAUUUGUGUAGGUGAGAAAUACGAACGUUGGCUCGAUUUGUAUGAAACUUGUUAUUGGCGAUGUGAAUACGUUUAGCCGGCGGGUCUUCCAUGCUUGUAACAUUGCUAACGAGGGCUACGAUGCGCGCGCGCGACUCACGCGCCAGCGACUUCUUGUACCUGUUUACCUGACAUUCUGAUUCAUUUACAAGUGCGUUGCAAAACACACAUGUGAAGUGAAGUGCUAGUGAGUGAUACGCUUAGUGUUAACUGCGAGGGGUCCGCGGUAGUCCGUCCGGUCUUGGCCGGCGACGGUCGGGCCGAUGUGUGCGGCGUCAUGGCGUUCAUGACCAAGAAGAAGCGCUACAAGUUCGAGGUGCAGUGCUGUCUCGAGGAGCUCACAGAAGUGCCCUUCGUCUCGGCCGUGCUCUUCGCCAAGGUCCGUCUACUCGACGGCGGGAACUUCCAGGAACACUCUAGCAGGGAGGAGGUGCGCAACCACGCGGUGCGGUGGAACGCGCAGUUCUCGUUCAUGUGCAAGAUGUGCGCCAACGCUAACACCGGCGUACUCGAGCCGGCGCUCAUGCGCAUUUCCGUGCGCAAGGAGUGCAAAGGCGGGCGGUCAUAUCAGAAGCUGGGUUUCUGCGACGUGAACUUGGCAGAGCUGGCGGGCGCGGGGGAGGCGACGCGACGCUGCCUGCUCGAGGGCUACGACCCACGCCGGCGGCAGGAUAACUCCGUGUUGCGCGUGCGCGUCAAGAUGAAUAUGAUCUCCGGAGACCCGCUCUUCAAAGUCCCCGAGCGCAAGCAAGACGUGGCAGCGGAAGGGCGCGUGACGGCGCCGGGCACAGGCAGCGGUGGCGGCGGCGGCGCGGGGGACAGCGGCUCGGAGAGUGCACCCGCCGCUGACGACGACUGCGGCUCCUCCACGGCCUCUUCCGGGUUCGGAAGUCUCACCAAGAGACGGCCACACGAGGGUAGCCACGCGCAGCCGCUGUCGUCGCUGCCAUCGUGCGAACUGCCCUCGCCCGAGCCCGACGAGCCGCCGCCGCUGUCGCUCACCGACCACCCAGGGCUCACCCUGGCCGGCGCGGGCGGCGGCGCGUGCGCCGCGUGUCUGCAGCAGCAGCAGCACACGCACUCGCGCAACUCGUCCAACACGUCCGGCGACAUGAGCAGCAAGGCGUCCGGCUACGGCAGCUCCGCGUCGGCGGCGUCGGCGCACUCGCGGCAGAGCUCGGAGGGCGACUCCGCGCCCGACGCCGCGCGCCACCACCACAGCCUGCGCGUGGAGCGCACGACCGUGAGCACGACCACCGUUUCGGUCCCCGCCCCCCGCCACUCAGGGCGCCCCGCGGCCAAGCUGCUGCUGGAGCGCACCGUCACCAGCGAGAGCUCCGACGUGUUCCUCACGCCCAACUGCUCGCUGGGCGCGUGCCCCCCGCCCGACGUGGUCCGCAGCGCGCUGGGCUCGCCCGCCGCCCACGAGUACGCCACCCCCGACGCCUCCCUCGAGAACGGGCGCGACGCCCCGGACGGUCCCUUCGUCAUCCCCACGUACUUCGACAAGAAGCGCGCGGCGGCGGCGUUCCUCGGCGCGGCCGCGAAGCCGCUCGCCAACUUCCAGGUGCUGAAGCAGAAGUCGCUCACGACGAUCCCCGCUCUGAUCGAGCGCAACAGACGCAACGAGGAACUGUUCACCAACUUCCCUUUUCUGACGCCCCUGGCGCACCGUAAGAGCUCGCUGGUGUCGAACGCCAACCGGCUGUCGGGCUGCCUCGAGGACGAGUUCUACUGCAUUCCGUCGGAGCCCGACGCCGAGGCGGAAUCGGCCGAGCGCAUCGACGUCCGCCACCGGUUCAGGAGCCUCUCCAACCGGGCGCUCGACGAGGAGUCCGUGUUCACGUCCACGCCCAAGGGCGAGUCCAGCCCCCGCCCUUUCGCUAAGAGCCGGCCGCAGGGGCUGCAGCGCGGCCCCUUCCUGCGGCACAGCUACACCGAGCACUCGAGGCGCGGCGAGGCGGAGUGGUGCUCGUGCGGCGCGCUGCGCGAGGGCUCGCUGCCGCGCCGGCCCUCCUCCGCGCUGUCAGUCUCCGCACACACAGUACAGCGGACCGCCCUCGCGGCCGCCCGGAACGCCCUCGCUCUCGCCGCUAACGGCGGAUUCCGGGCGGCCGCCGCGGCGGUUCGGGUAGAUGUCGUCCCGAACCCGUCGACGGGGUCGGUGACGACGUCGGCGUCGGAGAGCGGCUCGCUGGAGCGCGCGCGGGCGCAGCUGGAGCGGCGCAAGCGCGGCGGGCAGGGGCCGGGGCUGGCGCCCGCGCCGCCCGCGCAGCUGCCGCCCGACGCCGGCGACGGCCACGUCGCCUCGUGCCGCGUCGAGAACACGCGCGUGGACCCGGACUCGCUCAUCGACGAGAUCAUCGCCUCCACCGACCUCAAGAAGGCCGUCGAGGACAACGCCGAGACGUCGGGGCUGCAGCUGUUCAUCACGCGCGACGGCACGGCGGAGCUGGGGUCGCGGCAGCGGCAGCAGCUGGCGCGCCGCGACUACCAGCGCGUGGUGCUGCACCCGCACGACAACAGGUAGCCGACGGCGUCGACGGCGUGAGCGAGCGAGGCCACGGCCCCCGCGCCCGCCCCCGCCCCCGCCCCCGCGGGCCCCUCUGUGAUGUAGAGUUGACGUGGACAGUGCGUAGUCGGGAAGCGGCCUGAUCGCGCGCCCGUCGUCGAUCCCGUGUGGAUGACGAAACAAUGCAUAUUUAUUGUUUUUAUUAUUAUGUAAUGUAAAUUAUGCCAUAAAGUAAUUGUUUUACGAUGUGUAACUUGUCGAGUCGAGUCUUUUGUAUCAUUUACAAUGUUUAUAUUUUUUACUAUAAGUAGGAUUCUUUUCAAAUAUGUGACGACCUACACGACGACUGAAUGUUCCUAUAUUUUGGGUAUUGUCUGUGCUUCCUCCACUUUUGAGCUCCGAACCUCGACGUAGUCACCUUCCGUCUUUCCUAUUCUGUCGCUGAAGUAGCAAGUAAAGGAGUGCUCACAUACUGGUGCUAAAUCAGUGAGUCCACUGCGGUACACACGUACGCGACCACGCAACACUGAUUCGACUCAUUAACGAAACUUUUGUGUCAAUUCUCGCGAACGGGAAAUUAAUUUUAAUGUAUCGAUCCUUUUGUUAAGGGCUAACAAACAAAGACGGGAGAUUUCGUUUAAGAUUAGAACUUAAACAAAAAUAUCAGAAAAUUUAACACAACUGAUAUCUACAACUUUUGUUGCCCGUAUCGAAUGAAACCCGUAUCGAAGAUGCACUUACCGGAAAACUAUUUUAGUUGUGCGUUUACGCGAAUUUACACCAUUAUUAUUAUUAUUGCAACCUAAUUUAUUGCGUUCGUAAGUAUGAAAUAUGAAAGAGACCAUAAAUGUGGAAAUGUGCAUCGGGAUUACCAAGCGUUGUAAUUAAUUAUGUGUAAUAAAAUCAAUGAUCGGGAAAAGGUGUUCCCACAUAUAUAUAGAUACAUGUAUAGAUAUAGCUACAAAGGUGUUCCACAUAUAUGGAACACCUUUUUCCGACCAUUGGUAAUAAUAAGCAAUACUUCCGAAGAACCCUCCAAAACGUGUAGUCGAUAAUUGCCAAACGAUGAGUGCGUCCACUGCGAUGAAGGAAACGUUUCCGAUUGAAGUUAUGCAAUAGUGCGAGGAGGUUAUAUCUAAGUCAUUCCUUUGCGUUGGAAGCUUGAGCGCGGGCCUUGCCGAGGGACAACGUGCACGCGCAAAUGGAGUCAUACGAAAGACCUCGUUCUUCGCCGUCUUUUGUAUUACUGCAUCGCCUGCUGCAAGCCGCCAAGCAGGGUGGUCGCAAACCGUGUACUGCCGAUGAUGUGUCCCUCGGCUCGCGUUGUUAUGUAUUGUAAUCUUAAUACAGCCUGUACAGUAUUUGAAUAAAGGACGUGUUUAGAACUACGCUGUGGUUUCAU